AUGGCAUCUGGUGGGAUGAAAAAAUUCGGUGACCUUGUAGGUUCGAUCGACGAAGGUACUAGUUCGGCCCGAUUUUUGCUGUUCCGUGCCGAAACGGCCGAAGUGGUUUGCUUUCAUCAGAAGGAGCUGCGUCUAAUCUGUCCCCAAGAGGGUUGGGUCGAGCAGGAUCCGAACGAAAUCCUGAGCGUGGUGUAUGAGUGCAUCGAGCGGACGUUGGAAAAGUUGAUCGAGCUUGGUGGAAACCCGCAGAACGACAUUGUGGCCAUCGGUGUAACUAACCAGCGCGAAACGACGAUCGUGUGGGAUCGAACGACCGGCGAACCGUUAUAUAAUGCGAUCGUUUGGCAGGACAUGCGAACUUCCUCGACGGUUGACCAGCUGCUUGAGACGGUACCAAACAAGACGAAAAACAAAAACUACCUCAAACCGCUCUGUGGCUUACCGCUAUCGCCAUACUUUUCGGCCGUUAAGCUACGCUGGCUCAUCGAAAACGUACCAAAGGUGAAGAGUGCCAUUCGGAGUGGAAACUGUCUGUUCGGUACAGUUGAUACUUGGCUGAUCUGGAAUCUGACCGGUGGUUCCGAUGGAGGUGCCCACGUUACGGACGUUUCGAACGCGUCGCGCACGAUGCUGAUGAACAUCGAAACGCUGAAGUACGAUAAAGCGCUGAUGAAGUUUUUCGACGUGCCGCUAGAAAUUCUGCCCGAAAUCCGUUCCAGUUCCGAGGUGUACGGGUUGAUCAAGUUUAAACCUCUACAGCACAUCCCACUGGCAGGCUGUUUGGGUGAUCAGCAAUCAGCUCUAGUUGGGCAGGAAUGUUUAACACGUGGUCGGGCAAAGGCAACAUACGGUACGGGUUGCUUUCUGCUGUACAAUACCGGCACAGCAAUGAUCGAUUCGUACCACGGGCUUAUCUCAACCGUUGCCUAUCAGAUGGGCCCGGAUGCAUUGCCGGUGUACGCACUGGAGGGUUCGGUUGCGGUGGCAGGUGCUGCACUUGGAUGGCUGCGAGACAAUCUGAACCUGAUAGGCGGUGCAUCGGAAUCGGAAUCGGCUGCACUGGAGGUGGAAAACAAUGGGGACGUUUACUUUGUGCCCGCGUUCAGUGGGCUGUACGCACCGUACUGGGAUCCGGAAGCACGAGGCGUCAUCUGUGGCAUCACGGAAGAUACCCAGCGGGGGCACAUUGUGCGGGCGGCACUGGAAGCGGUCUGUUUUCAGGUGCGCGAUAUUCUCGACGCGAUGAACAACGACAGUGGUACGCCACUGCAAAAGCUAAAGGUGGACGGUGGUAUGACGGCCAACUCUACCAUGAUGCAGUGGCAGGCGGAUUUGAUCGGGCUCGAUGUGCUCAAGCCAAAGUUUGUCGAGACAACGGCACUGGGUGCCGCAAUGGUAGCGGGUCGUGCCGUGGGUAAAUGGGACAUCGAAAACGUGAGCGUGGAAAGCGACAGCACCGUCUUCAAGCCACAGAUCAGCGAAAACGAACGGGAUGUACGCUAUAAACGGUGGAAGAUGGCCAUAGAGCGAGCAGUUGGAUGGGACAAGUGUCCGUAA